AGUAUGGUUACCAAAGUAUUCCACACGGUACGUGAAACGAGCCCUCUCAAAACGCGAGAGGGAGCAAGAAAUCUGUCUCUCUCGUCCGUACCUGCGUAAUUCAGGCGCGAUCCUGCGUUCCUCUCUCUCUCUCUCUCUCUCUCUCUCUCUCUCUCUCUCUCGCUCGCGCCAUGAGUCUCUUCGGUCUGGGCAGGAACCAAAGGACAUUUCGUCCAAAAAAGAGUGCACCCUCAGGGAGUAAGGGGGCUCAGCUAAGAAAACACAUUGAUGCUACACUGGGUAGUGGAAAUCUGAGGGAAGCUGUUAGACUCCCCCCUGGAGAGGAUGCAAAUGAGUGGCUUGCUGUUAACACUGUGGAUUUCUUCAACCAGGUGAAUUUACUAUAUGGUACACUAACAGAAUUCUGUACAGCUGAGGAUUGUCCUACAAUGACUGCAGGCCCCAAGUAUGAAUAUAGAUGGGCAGAUGGUGUGCAAAUUAAGAAACCUAUUGAAGUUUCUGCUCCAAAAUAUGUUGAAUACUUGAUGGACUGGAUUGAAUCUCAGCUUGAUGAUGAAUCUAUAUUUCCUCAGAGGCUUGGUGCGCCAUUUCCUCCCAACUUUAAGGACGUUGUAAAGACUAUAUUUAAACGUCUGUUCCGUGUGUAUGCCCACAUAUAUCACUCUCACUUUCAGAAGAUUGUUAGUCUGAAAGAGGAGGCCCAUCUAAACACUUGCUUCAAGCAUUUCAUUCUGUUUACCUGUGAAUUCACGCUGAUAGACAAGAAGGAGCUAGCACCUCUUCAAGAGCUCAUUGAAUCCAUCAUUGUCCCCUAUUGAAGAAGCCCUUGUGCAUAAUCCAAGAAAGUGUAUGUGAAAGACAUAUCAAAAGAUCUGAUGGAGGGCUGCAUUUUGGAAUUUGACCAAACAGUGCCUUGUGUAAUAUUUAUACGAUUAAUCCUGUCUAAGUGCUGUUUAGUUUUGAGUUUAUCAAAAUAAACCCUUUGGGUUUCAGUCCAACGGCCGUUGUUCCCAACUAGAGAAUGUCCAGUGUAAAUUAUAUGCAUGUUGUGCUUGCCAAAGCCAA